AUGGCAAAAGUGGCGACUUUGCUGACGCAUAAGAAUGUGAUGAAACUCAGCAGUAGCAGUAGCAGCAGCAGCAGCGACGAUCAAUCGAUACAUGAAACUUUAGAACUCUCAGUGAAAUCUGACGAGAAAAAAGGUUCGGCUUACUGCAAAGACUACCUCAAAAACAGCCUCUUAACACUCACCAAAUACUGUCAUACCGUCAUGAAAAUGAAAACUGCGAUAGCAUCGGUUUCCAGUAAAGAGAUGACCAACGAUGUCCAAGAACCAGAGGGGCCUUACCAUGUACCAAAGAUCCAUAUGGAUGAACCGAGAUCAAAGAGAUCAGAGGCAAAGGCCAAUGAGGCAAAUCGAAAGGGUGCCGUAGGCAUUAUUACUGGGGCAAACAGGCAUACGGAAAUAUUUGAAAUAAGACUUAGAAAACGUGAUGCAAAAGAAGAAGACCCCAAGCCAGUGGAAAUUGUUGUGGAAGGUGAGGUACCUGAGAAAACCUCUACUGAAAAGUCCUGGGAUGUUUUGGACGUGAUGAAGCAUGUUAGAUACUCGUUUUUAGGAAACAUGUUAAAAGAUACUUUGAAGAACGAUAUGAAGGCGGAUCAGGACGAUUUUGCCGAUAUUGAGCAUAUUGGCAAGCAAAAGGAGGACGCGGGACUUUUUGGCAUGGUAAAAUCAACUUUGGAGGUCCUUACUGCCCCACCAGAAAGCCCUUUUUUAUUGGUCGUGUUCGGAGGGCAUUUAAGUGCGUUAAGCAAUAAGCAAAGCCCGAUUUUUAGUAGUAUCAAACAUGUGGUCGAAAUGACUGAUAUGAAUAAUACUUUAAUAGCUGUUACAGGUUCUUGUUCUGAGCACUUAACUGAAGAUAUUGAAAAGGAAGAUUGUGCUUUCACUAUACCAUUGUAUGCAAAAGGUCCUGAUAGCGAUAUGCUUUCAGAGUGUAAAUUGUUAUAUGAUAUACCGUUAACUGUAAGGAAGAUUUUAGAAGUCGAAUCUGGAGGAGCUUUACAGCUUGAAAUUGAGACCCAAGAAACAUAGGACGAGGAGAUAUAAAUACAAUAAAAUAAUUCAAUUAAUAAAAAAUACUUACAGGAAA